AUGAUGGGCAGUCGAGCGAGCGCUGAGAGAGCACACACUACAGUCCCUGAACUCAGUGACAAGAUGAGCCUUCCCCUCUCACGCUCCGAAGUGUUUGGGCAGCUGAGGAAAGAACUACAUGAUGAUACGGAAUUUCACCAGUCUGACGUUCAUACCUUCAUCAUCAUGGGGGCUUCGGGAGAUCUGGCCAAAAAGAAAAUCUACCCAACUUUGUGGUGGUUGUUCAGAGACGGUCUUCUCCCUGAACAGACAUAUUUUGUGGGUUUUGCACGUUCUGAUCUGACCGUGGAUGCCAUACGCGCAGCCUGCAUGCCCUACAUGAAGGUGGCAGACUCUGAGGCAGAGCGGCUCGCUGCGUUCUUCAGCAGAAACUCUUACAUCAGCGGGAAGUACGUGGAUGAAUCCUCUUUCGCUAACCUGAACACUCACCUGCUGUCCCUGCCUGGAGGAGCUCAGGCCAACCGGCUCUUCUACCUGGCCCUGCCGCCCAGUGUCUACCACGACGUCACCAAGAACAUCAAACAUCAGUGCAUGAGCACCAAAGGCUGGAACAGGAUAAUCGUGGAGAAGCCUUUUGGACGUGACCUGCAGAGCUCAGAGGAGUUAACCUGUCAUCUCUCUUCUCUCUUCACUGAGGACCAGAUUUACCGUAUAGACCAUUAUCUAGGCAAAGAGAUGGUCCAGAACCUCAUGGUUCUCAGGUUUGGAAAUCGGAUAUUUGGCCCCAUAUGGAACCGGGACAGUGUGGCUUGUGUGGUUCUGACCUUCAAAGAGCCGUUUGGUACCCAGGGCCGGGGAGGAUAUUUUGACGAUUUUGGUAUCAUUCGUGAUGUGAUGCAGAACCACCUGCUGCAGAUGCUCUCUCUGGUUGCCAUGGAGAAGCCUGCAUCCACCAGCUCUGAUGAUGUUAGAGAUGAGAAGGUGAAGGUGCUGAAGUGCAUUGAGCCGGUCUCUGUCUCAGAUGUGGUCUUGGGUCAGUAUGUUGGAGAUCCAGAUGGAGAAGGAGAGGCUAAACUGGGUUAUCUAGAUGACAAAACUGUCCCUGAAGGCUCCACUCAGGCUACAUUUGCCACAGCAUUGCUUUAUGUAAAGAACGAACGCUGGGAUGGCGUUCCCUUCAUCCUCAGGUGUGGAAAGGCUCUGAAUGAGAGGAAGGCAGAGGUGAGGCUGCAGUUCACCGAUGUUCCUGGAGACAUCUUUAGCUCUCAGUGCAGGAGGAACGAGUUGGUGGUGCGUGUGCAGCCCAACGAGGCCAUUUACGCCAAGAUGAUGAGCAAGAAACCCGGAGUCUAUUUCAGCCCUGAGGAGACAGAGCUGGACCUGACCUACCACAGCAGAUACAGGGACGUUAAGCUGCCUGAUGCCUAUGAACGUCUGAUUCUGGACGUCUUUUGUGGCAGUCAAAUGCAUUUUGUACGAAGUGAUGAGUUGAGGGAAGCCUGGAGAAUCUUCACUCCUCUUCUUCAUCAGAUAGAGAAGCAGAAGACGCCACCCAUCAAAUACAAAUACGGAAGCCGUGGUCCUGCAGAGGCUGAUGAGAUGGUACAGAAAGUGGGAUUCCGCUACGAGGGUACAUACAAAUGGGUGAACCCACACAAACUGUGAAAGAAGACGACGACUAAAAAAAAUCAUCCCAAGAUGAGUGCCUGCAAUAAAAGAGAGAAAAGGGCACUUAAGUAUUUGAAGAUGCACUCUGUUAGCACUGCAUGUAAAGAAGGACCAACAAGAUUAGCGAACACUUUUUUUUUUUUUUUUUUUUGGAUGUUAUUGAUUAUAACCAUCUCAUUAUGAUAUAUAAUGCUUUAUAGAACAUUUCUCAAAUUUCAUUCUAUAUUUCAUUGGACUGAACAACAUUUACAAUGUUUGGUUAUGCACUUAAGCAUCAUUUUGAUAUUCAUACAAAUUUUAUACUGCGCUUUCAUUCCCUUUCUUCUU